ACCUAAAAAGCCCAUCUCUCUUUCAAUCCAUUGCCAACUACCGAGACUCCAUUAUCCCUUCUUCCUUCUCCGCAACAACCCCCGCCGGCACACUCCCUCCGCCGCAGUCGGACGCCGGCACGCACGACUGCCCACCGCGUUCUUUUCCUCGUCGGCCCAGGGUGCUCGAGUGGCAUAUGACCAUAGAGUGUUUGUCAAAGGAUGAGCAGCAUGCAGAUAACUGCUACACAGAAUUCUAUUUGUUCCAAUAAAUCAAUAUGCCUUGUUUCUAAAUCAAUAUAUCCAUCAUUCCAUGCUAGUCAGUCACGAAGUGUUCUUGUGAAUCUAAGUGCCAAUGGAUCUUCUUUCAAGCAGGGCCUACCAGUUUUGAAGUAUAAACAUCGGAGGGUUGGAUUAAAACAUCAGCAUACACCAAUUGUUUCCUUAUUUGGUAGCAAGGGAAAGGACACUGGUGAUGGGGGUUCUCCAUGGAAAGCUUUCGACCAAGUUGUUGAAAAUUUUAAGAAGGGACGAUCAGUAGAAGAUGUAUUGCGACAGCAAAUUGAAAAGAAAGAGUUCUAUGAUGGUGGAAAUGGUGGCAAAAGACCUCCAAGUGGUGGCGGUGGCAGUGGCAGCGGGGAUAGCUCUAGUGGAUCUGAGGAUGAUAGCCUUGCAGGAAUUUUGGACGAAACACUGCAAGUGGUUCUGGCAACUCUCGGCUUUAUUUUCUUGUAUAUUUACAUCAUCAAUGGGGAAGAGCUAGCGCGAUUAGCGAAGGAUUACAUAAAGUAUCUAUUUGGAGGAAGCAAGAGUGUCCGUUUGAGGCGAUCAAUGUACCAAUGGGGAAGGUUUUACCAAAAACUUACUGAAAAGAAGCAAUAUGAUGAAUAUUGGCUGGAGAAAGCUAUUCUUAACACUCCAACUUGGUGGGAUCAUCCUGAUAACUACAGGCGUACUGUAAUGGCUCAUAUAGAAUCCCAGCAUCAGAAAGAGAAUUUUGCAUCAGAUGAUUAUGGGGAAGUUGAUAAGCCAAAUUCUGAUGAUGAGGAAAUCUGAGUCCCCCUUCGCUUUUUAACCAACCUGAUCUUUUUCUGCUGACAAUUUUGUUUUCUGAAAUGCUAAAUUUGAUAUUUUAUGUUAUGGGAUCUUGGUGUAAUGAUGUACAGAACAUGAUAUUUUGCCACUUUUUGAAAAUGUUCUUAGUUAUGUAAUCUCGAAAUAUUUCUUGGUGCUGGAA